AUGGCAGAGCUUCAUGGUGAUGUCCUUCCGAAUAUACUGAAAAGAUUGAAUGUGAGGGAUCUAAUCCGAUGCAAAAGUGUGUGUAAGUCUUGGGAAAAAUUGAUCUCUGACUCUGGUUUCAUAAAAUUCCAUAUGAACUAUAGUUACCAAAUUGAUUACAAAAACAAUGAUAUAGAUAGGAGGAUUGUUAUGUCAAGGGUCUCUUAUCGCAACGGGUCGCGUGUUUGUUAUGUUGAUGACAGAUUCUUUGAUGAUCGUGAUUGUCAUCUUCUUGGUUCUUCCAAUGGACUUGUAUGCAUCUCUUCUUUUGCUUCUCAACUUGUAGUAACUAAUCCCUCAACUAGAGAGGUUCAAACACUACAAGACCCUCAAAUUCAUGAUACCAAGCAUUUCUGUUGGGGUUUUGGCUAUGAUUCAUCUACGGAUGAUUACAAGGUUGUAUUAGAGUUCCGUAAACGUGUUGGUUGGACAUGUUUUCAAGUGUUAAGUUUGAAAUCAAAUGUUUGGAAACUAAUUGGAGAUGUAAAGUAUUCGUUUCUUAGUAGGAUUGGUAUCUUAUGCAAUGGGGCACUUCAUUGGAUUAUGAAAGAUUCUUCAUCUCCAAAUAAGAAGAGAGUCAUUACUUCGUUUCGGCUAUCUGAAGAAAAAUUUAUCUAA